UCAACUCGCCUUCGUCGCCUCCCAGCACCACCUGCGCCACCACGACGCACUAACAAGCCGACCAACGUGCUCACUUUCAACUCUCCGCUCGUGUGUAUUCAUACCGAAGUGCACGUCUUUUUAUCCUUUCCAGCAUUUCGACGUAUUUAGCCCUUAGAAAUGGAAGACACAGCGAAGAAACCGGCCGGUAAGAAGGCCCCAGCCGCCAAGGCGGCCGCUCCAGCAAAAAAGGCUGCUGCCAAAACGGCAAAGACAGCCGCCGCUAAGAAGCCCAAGGUCGCAAAGCCUGUGCUCCCCCGUCCCCACUACAAACCAGGGAGGAUGUACGCCAAGUCUGUCUUUACCGGAUAUAAGCGAGGUCUCAGGAAUCAGAGAGAAAACACGUCGCUUCUGAAGGUAGAAGGAGCUAAGGACCAGAAUGAGGCAAAAUUCUAUGUUGGCAAGCGAUGCGUCUAUGUCUACAGGGCCAAGGUAAAGAGGAACGUCUCAGGAAGAAGAGAUAAGCCCAAAACCACCACCAGACUUAUUUGGGGAAAGGUCACACGAACACACGGAUGUUCAGGAUCUGUUAGAGCGAAGUUCCGUCGUAACCUUCCCGGUCAAGCUAUGGGCCAUCGUGUCAGAAUUAUGUUGUACCCUAGCCGGAUUUAAAACAUUCAACUUUUUAAUAAAUCCUUGUUUAUAAGUUCGGGAAAAAAUAAAGUCUUGUAACGGAGAUGAAAAAAUUAA